GCUCGGGGGCUGCGGUUCUUCCGCACAAUGAUCUUUGCCAUUGAGGAGAUAAACAACAGCACAGAGCUGCUGCCCGGCAUCAAACUGGGAUAUCGUCUCUAUGAUUCCUGCGUAUCGGUUCCUGUCUCGGUGCAUGUUGCUUUUCAGCUGUCAAACGGUCAGGACCCUGUGGUUUACACAGGAGAUAAUUGUUCUCAGUCUGGAGUGGUGGUGGCUGCUGUGGGAGACUCUGGAUCCUCUCCAUCCAUCAGCAUGUCACACAUCAUGGGGCCCUUCAACAUUCCUCUGGUGAGCCACUUUGCCACUUGUGCCUGCCUUUCAGACAAACAACAGUUCCCGACUUUUUUCAGAACGAUUCCCAGUGACCAUUACCAAGCUGACGCACUGGCCAAACUGGUGAAACACUUUGGAUGGACGUGGAUAGGAGCCGUCCAUUCUGACUCAGAUUAUGGAAAUAAUGGCAUGGCGUCUUUCCUAGAAGCUGCACUGAGAGAGGGGAUCUGUGUGGAGUACAUUGAAUCCUUUUUUAGAACCAACCAACAGAGCAAGAUCAGAAGAGUUGCAGACGUUAUCCGUAGAUCCACAGCAGUGGUUGUGGUGGCAUUUACAGCCUCUGGUGAUAUGAAAGUCCUUCUAGAAGAACUGGCUCGGGAUCCUCCUCCACCUCGUCAGUGGAUCGGGAGUGAAUCUUGGGUAACAGAUCCACUCUUGAUGAGCUUCAGUUUCUGUGCAGGAGCCAUCGGAGUUGCCAUUCAGAAGUCUGUCAUCCCAGGUCUGAGAGAUUUCCUCCUGGAUCUCUCUCCCUCUGAAGUGGCUGCUUCCCCACUGCUGUCUGAGUUCUGGGAGGAUGCAUUCAACUGCAGCCUCACAACAACUGCUGAUCCAAACAAGAGAGGAUGUGACGGAACUGAAGAUAUUAAAACCCUAAAAAGCCCGUACACUGACACAUCUCAGUUAAGGAUUUCUAACCUUAUGUACAAGGCUGUUUAUGCAAUAGCACAUGCCAUUCACAGUGCAGUGUGUCAGAUAACAAAUACAGCCAUUCACUGUGACAAACACAUCAAACUAGAGCCAAAACAGGUUUUUAUUGAAUUGAAGAAAGUGAACUUCUCCAAGAAUGGCUACCAUGUCUCAUUUGAUGCUAAUGGAGACCCUGUGGCUUUUUAUGAACUUGUAAACUGGCAGAAACGUGGGAGUGGAGUUAUUGAACUGGUAACAGUGGGAUAUUAUGAUGCUUCACUGCCAAGAGGCCAGGAGUUUCUCAUUAACAGAAACUUAACCUGGUUGGAAGGGAGAAAAGAAGUUCCAGUAUCAGUUUGUUCAGAGAGUUGUCCUCCAGGAACUCGUAAAGUGUUGCAGAAAGGAAAACCAAUCUGCUGCUAUGACUGUAUACCAUGUCCUGAAGGAGAGAUCAGUAAUAUGACAGAUUCUCCUGAUUGCAUUCCAUGUCCAGAAGAGUUCUGGCCAAAUCCAAAGAGAGAUGCUUGUCUGCCCAAACCAGUAGAAUUUCUUUCCUUUGAUGAAGUUCUGUCAAUCAUCCUGGCUGUAUUUUCUGUUGGUGGAGCCUUUCUGGCCAUUAUUACAGGAAUGCUUUUCUUCCAUCACAGAACAACUCCAAUUGUCAGAGCCAACAACUCUGAGCUGAGCUUCCUGCUGCUCUUCUCUCUGACUCUGUGUUUCUUAUGUUCAUUAACUUUCAUUGGAGCCCCCUCUGAGUGGUCCUGCAUGCUGCGGCACACAGCUUUUGGCAUCACAUUUGUUCUCUGUAUCUCCUGUGUUCUUGGCAAAACUAUAGUGGUUCUAAUGGCCUUUAAAGCUACACUUCCUGGUAGUAAUGCUAUGAAAUGGUUUGGUCCUCCACAACAAAGAAUGACUGUUGUGUCUAUCACCUUUCUUCAGGUUGUUAUAUGUAUCAUUUGGUUGGUUGUGAGUCCUCCCUUCCCAGUGAAAAAUCUGACCACCUACAAGGAGAAGAUCAUCCUGGAAUGUGCGUUAGGCUCUGCUGUUGGUUUCUGGGCUGUGCUCGGCUACAUCGGCCUGCUGGCUGUGUUUUGCUUUGUGUUAGCUGUUCUAGCUCGGAAACUACCUGAUAAUUUCAACGAAGCCAAGAUGAUAACCUUCAGCAUGUUGAUAUUCUGUGCAGUCUGGAUCACCUUCAUCCCAGCUUAUGUCAGCUCUCCUGGGAAAUUUACUGUGGCUGUGGAGAUAUUUGCUAUUCUGGCCUCCAGUUUUGGACUGAUACUGUGUAUAUUUGCUCCAAAGUGUUUCAUCAUUUUGCUGCGGCCUGAAAAGAACACCAAAAAACAUUUAAUGAACAAGAAUUGAUGGUCAAUUGAUAGAAGAUUGGCAGCAAAGUGACAAAAAAGCUUAUUAUGAAUAAUCCUAAACAUUUUAAAGCGGUCAGAUGUAUUUAUAAAAAAAAAACUUUCAUAGUUUAACAUUAGAUAACAAUAUGCAGCAGCCUUUUAAUCAUUUUCCACUUAUACUGAUAUGAUUUUGUCAUUAAUAUUUUUUGCUUUCCCCCCAAAAAAACUUUAUUUUUCCUUUCCCCUAAAACAUAUUUCUGGUAAAAUACAUUUUGCCAUUGUAGAUUGUCAAACAUUUCUGGUAAUACACAUACUAAAACUUGAAAAACUACUCUGCUAUGAACAACUAUGUGUUCAUGUAAUUUUGGGGGAAAAAUUAUCACAUAUUGGAGAUUAGACAAACUUUAUCUUCUGAAUCUUUGCAAUUUGUUUUCUAUUAUUUUUAGCUGUUAAAUAAGCCAAUCAUAGUUCUCAUUGCUAUAAAUUAACUUUGGAAUUUUCUUGAGAUUGACAAUAAAUCAGUUCUAUUAUUAUAUUGUGAUCAUUUCUGGGGGAAAUCUGCUUUCUGUUUUGGCUUCUAAAAUAAAAUAAUAUUCUUUCAAUCUGACUUUUUUUUUUCUCCAGUUCAGUUUAGUUUAUUGCAUAAAAGUUUAUUUAUUUAUAACAACAUAAUCAUAUGUUUUCAUCACAUCAUCAUAUGUGAUGAAAACAUAUAAUCAUUGUGUUUCAAAAUAAAAUCUUUGUAAUUUUGCAAAGCUUUAUCUGACAACAUGCAGAUUAAUUGCAAUAGUGUACUUUAAUGUCACUUGGACACCACAUGUUCAUACUAAAUUAGAGACGAGACUUGACAAAUCAUUUAUUGUCAUUGUUUACUUUGUAAUUGUUUCACUAAAAAAAUAAGCGUGAUGAAAACAUGUGAUUACGUUGUUAUAAAUAAACUUUUCUGCAAUCCUGGCAAUAGCUUCUAAAUGUUGUAAAAAUCGAAAAUCAGCUAAUUUGGGAGAAGAUCGAAACUGAUGGAACAGUACAUGAUAAAAACAGAUUUAGUUGGUGUUGAUGUCAAAAUGAAGAGCUGCAUUAUCCUCAGGUUUGUCCAUAAUUGUUGGGCUUUCAGGUGGAUUAGAAACGACUGAUGUGUAACAUAUGUCUAGCAAGUUGAUGAAAUUCUGUUCCUGUUUUUUCUCACCCGUAUAUCCAGUAACUAUGUAUCACACUCUGUCUGUUU